AUGGAGGACAAAGGUUGCGUCAUCUAUGGCGUCGCCAUUUCUUUUCUUUCUCUGUCAUAUAUAGUCGUUGCAUUGCGCUGCUAUGUGCGCCUGAAACUUACCCGUUGGGGUUUGGAUGACAUCUUUGCGAUCAUCGCUUUGUGCAUGUUCACCGCAAUUACAAGUUUCCUCAUGAGGUCUGCGUCCUUUGGGCUUGGGAAACGAACCAAAGCUGUAGCCUCACUUGAUGCAUUCACAGAGGCGGUCAAGUUUUUCUUUCUCGCCGAUAUGUGUUAUAUCAUUACUUCAGGCCUGAUCAAGAUCUCUUUCUGUUUAUCUCUAUUACGGGUCGUUGUCGUUGGACGCAUCUAUGUCUGGACCAUAUACGCAGUCGGUGCAAUCACAAUCAUUUUCACAACUUUCUACUUCUUUUUCGCGCUCUUCUCAUGCUCGCCGGUGAGCUUUGCUUGGGAAAGGGUACGACAGCAUGAUCAGGGUGGAACUUGCCGGCAGUAUUUCAAGGUGGUUUCCGGAAGCUACGCCCACGGCGCAGUUGUUUGUGCAGGUGACAUAACACUUGCAAUAGUGCCCGCCUUGAUGAUAAUGAAAUUACAAUUGAACUCUCGAACUAAAUUAUCUGCUGGUAUUCUGCUUGGAUUUGGAUCAAUAGCGAGCGUUGCAACAAUAGCCCGGCUUACGUAUAUCCAUCAUGGAUAUGAUCAAGUAGAUUUCCUCUACGGGAACGCCGACAUUAUGGUCUGGUCCAUGACUGAGAUAGGGGUUAGCAUCAUAGCGAUAUCAGCUGUGACGCUGAAGCCGCUAUUGAUGAAAUACAGAAUCUUCUUCCACUCGCAAGACACCAGUGGACGCACGCCACACGACCGAGGACGCAUCUACGGGACUGACGCUGGGGAUUUCACGUGCACAAUUGGCUCAGCUCCCUCUCGAAAGAACCACUAUAGUCGACAACAUAGAUCCUCCACGCAUGGUAGAAUGAGGACGGAUACCUCAAUUGUCAAUGGACGGUCAUCGUCUGAGGAAAACAUCUGGAUAUCAAAAGGGGAUGGACACACCGUGCCUAGUAGGGAUGGGGUCGAUGAUGAUUUGGAACUCAUUCCGAGGGGCCAAAUCCAAAAGGUUGUUGAGUUUUCGGCAACAAGGGUUGCAAAGGAACCAGACCAUGAUUCUAAACCAGUUUCUGACCCUAGGUAUUCGGAGCAGGCGUAAUAUUCAUAGAUAAAUCUAUAUAGUAUUGUUUCCUUUGUGCAUGUAUUACUGAGACUGGAAAUGUUGGUCGCUUGGAGUUUGACAGCCUAGGCAAAUCUCAAUCUUUAUCUCCUAGUGCUUUGU